AGUGAGUUCGGAAACAACCCUUCUUGACAUGUGUGUGAUUGUAUUUCAAAAUAUACAAGCUACACAAAAUACUAAGCUUUAUUGAAUGUAUACAAGCUUAAAGUAUGAGCGUGUGCACGGUGAAUGUGUGUAAAGAUAUAUGUUACCGACUUCUUAAUGCGCAUGCACACACAUUGUGUGUUACGAACUUCAAAUUUGUUAACGUUAUCUUUUUGACAGAAUGCAGUCUGGCACAGAGCAAAAACAAAACAUUUUCGUCAGCUGUUUCUGAUUCAAUUGACGUUUUUGCUGAAAAACUCGUACAAGAUAAGGUAAAAAAGUGGCAAUACUAUAAGUUGCAGCGAAAUAUACAAAUGCCACUGUGCAGAAAUACCAAUUUAAAUUGUGGCACACAAGAUCAUUUAUGCAUGAGUGAUGAAAUGUUAAACGUGGACUCUUUGGUGAAUUCCGAUCAGGAAACUUGUAAACGCUUUAUAUUAACAGCACUUAAGGAUGGUCGUCAUAGAAGUGUUAUUGAACUGUUGCAAGUGUUGUGUGACAGAAAACGGGCCCUUCCCUCUGAGUGUCUACUUGAAGCGGUUAGUUCGUUUUCUAGACUAGGUCUUAUUGAGGGUGUAAAAGCAGUACAAAUGCUGUGUAAGGAAACAAAUGUUUAUGAGUAUACUAUUCAAGGUGGGUAUAAUCACUAUGCAGCAGAAGCAACCUGGACUUGUGGCAAUAUCCAAGAAGCUCUUUCCAUCUUCAUCACUGUGUAUGAACAUAAUUGUAACUUGCGCAAGAAAAUAAGGUCAAUGGCUAAGUUUUUAGUGAAAGAUGUGCUGUCAAAACAAGGCGAAGCAGCUCUCGUGCUGGUAACGAGAUUCGCCUUGACGCUGGCCAGUGAGCACCAGGACUACCAUGUCCUGAUGGUCCUGUGGCAGUGCUGCUUCCUCAGUAACUGGUUUGCAGACCAGCGGUUGGCAGCCACGCUGUUGAACAAGCACCCAGAACUUCAAAGCAAAGUGGAAGAAGGUGCUUUGGAAAUGGCAUUUAUAUCGUUGAAAAGAAAUCACGUUGAAGUUGUUCAUCGUUUAUUGGAGGUGCUCUUGCUGCAUGAAAUGAGAACAGCCUACAGUCAGGUUUUGAAAGCCUUGUUCGAUUAUAAAUAUGACCAGCGUGACGUGCGGGCGUGCAGAGACAUCGUGCGGUGCUGCAUGCACCUGGGCGUGCCCCUCACGCCAGGCCAGCAGCACAAGUUCAUCCUCUUGGUCGUUGACACACCCCACGCCCCUGCGAGGAAGCAGCCUGACGAGACGCGGCAGAGACCUCCGGAGUUCACGCUCAAGUUCUAGUCGGCGGGAGCCUUCUGGAGCGAUGUCAUAGCCAAGAGGUGGUGCCUACCUAGGAUCAGCAUUUUACAUGCCUUUUGGGUCUACACUGCCUGUGUACCGUGGUUUUUGUAUGUCAUGCCCACCUAAAAAGUUUCUAACGGUUGUUAUGUAUGAUACAAAUUUAAAUACGUAAAUCAAUAAAAGUCACCUAGUUCAGAACA